UACUAUAUUAUCUUUCGUCGUUCAUUAAACUCAACUACAAUAGAAACAUCGAAAGACUGCAUUUCUCAUUUUCCUGCUCCCCUUCUUUAUAUUUAUCUGUAUCUCUGCAUCGCUUCUUUGUUCAUAUAUAUACGCUCGGCCGGCUCAGCUAAGAGAUUCUCCCUUCCCCGACUGCUAUGGAAGCGGCGAAGGUCGAGGAGCUCACAUCCGGUGCCAGCGGCCGCAUAAUUCCGGUCUUCAAAAACUUACGCCGUUCAGUCUUCUCUUACGACGCCUUCCGCCGCUCGAUCAUUUACCUCCGUUCGAUUUUCGUAUGGAUCCUCCUCCUCCUAUUCCGCUACCGCAUAUCCCCUUCUUCUCCUCCUCCGUCCCCCUCCACCCCUGCUGCAGGUUUGAAACGGCGUAAGUUCACGCUUCGGAGGGACGAGGAGGAUACUCUCCGGCGUAGAUCCCUCGCCGAAUCAUUGGAGAUGGUUCCGAGGGAUGGGGAUGCAGUGGGAAGCGUCCCGUGCGAGUGGAGUACGUUUUUAUUCCCUGGAACACGACGCAACACCUUAUUUUGCCGCUCUUGGUUCCCGGAAUCUGGUGAAUUGAAGGGAAUUCUGAUUGUCAUUCAUGGCCUAAAUGAGCAUGGUGGCCGGUAUGCCCAAUUUGCUAGGCAACUGAAUUCCUACAACUAUGGGGUUUAUGCAAUGGACUGGAUCGGGCAUGGUGGUAGUGAUGGACUGCACGGUUAUGUACCUUCCUUGGAUAAUGUGGUUAAAGAUACAGGGGCAUUUUUGGAAAAGGUCAAGCAGGAAAACCCCAGGGUACCCUGCUUUCUUUUUGGACAUUCUACUGGAGGAGCUAUUGUUCUAAAGGCUGCUUCUUACUCAUUUAUCGAAAAGAUGUUGGAGGGACUAAUAUUGACAUCCCCAGCUUUGCGUGUGAAGCCAGCAAAUCCUAUUGUUGGUGCUGUUGCACCAUUUUUUUCAUUAAUUGCGCCGAGAUACCAGUUCAAGGGGUCCCAUAAAAGGGGAAUACCGGUUUCAAGAGACCCAGCAGCACUCGUGGCGAAGUACUCUGACCCCUUGGUUUAUACAGGGCCAUUGAGGAUCCGAACGGGGCAUGAGAUUCUGCGUAUCACCUCAUACCUGAUGCGCAACUUGAAGUCUGUCAGAGUGCCUUUCUUUGUGCUUCACGGGACAGCUGAUCGGGUCACGGAUCCAUUGGCUUCUCAGGAUUUGUACAACGAGUCUCCUUCUCCAUUCAAAGACAUUAAACUCUAUGAAGGUUUUCUACACGACCUUUUGUUUGAGCCUGAGCAUGAAGAGAUUGCCCAGGACAUAAUCAAUUGGAUGGACAAGAAACUGAAGUCAAAGAAGCUGUGUUAAAUCUUUCUUUAUAUAUACAUAAUAUACUAGCCAACAAGGUUUUGGGCGUGAAUGUCUCUACUGAGGUUCCGUGUUUCAUUUAUUUAUUUGACUGCAUUCAUGGAUGGAGUCAUGUAUAUUCAUAUUAUUUGGUAAAAGGAUAUGUGGAGAAUGGGUUGGAUCUGAUAUGAAUUAUGAACACACUGACACACUUCAAGAUAAUGAGUGGUCACACAUCCUCACUUCUAAGAAUAAUACAGUACUACUUAUAAUUUUGUCAAAUUAUAUUAUAUUAUAUUGUGGGUCUUUCAUUGUC